CUUAGUUCCGCCAACCCUGGAUGUGCAUCCGGCCUUCUCCUGCCCUGUGAAGUUGUAGUGACCGGGUGGGAGAGAUCCCUCUGCUAGUGCGUUGUCCUCGCUAAGGACCUGAACGAAACGCGAUCUCGAAAGCUCAGGACUCCGGUGACCCCACUCACCUGCAUUAUGGCAGUCCCAGGUUGCAACAAGGACAAUGUCCGAGCAGGCUGCAGAAAAUGUGGCUACCCUGGUCAUCUGACUUUUGAGUGCCGCAAUUUUCUUCGGGUAGACCCCAAAAGGGACAUUGUGUUGGACGUCAGCAGCACAAGCAGUGAGGACAGUGACGAAGAAAGCGAGGAGCUGAACAAGCUUCAGGCUCUGCAGGAGAAAAGAAUAAAUGAAGAAGAAGAGAAGAAAAAGGAAAAAAGCAGGGAGAAAAUUAAAUUGAAAAAAAAGAGGAAAAGGUCUAACUCCAGCACCACUGAAGAGGACUCUUCAAAACAAAAGAAACAGAAGUAUCAGAAAAAAGAAAAGAAAAAGGAAAAAAAGAACAAAUCCAAAAAAGGAAAACAUCACAAAAAGGAAAAAAAGAAGAGAAAAAAGGAAAAGCGUUCUUCCCCUAACCGUUCUGAAGUCACCAAAAAGUAACAGAGUCUUGGGCCUAACUCAGGAAAUUGAAGAAUUCAGUUUUUUUAAGUAUUGAACCUUCCUUGGAAUUGCUAUAUAAUUACGCUUUGCAGAAAAAUCCCAGCCUCUUCCAUAAAGACGUUUUUCACCUCCUGGGGCCCUUCCCUCCCUGCCCGUCUGUAUUAAACCCAUCUCCUUACUUGACAGCUUGUCCCAAGUCUAGAUGUGUGCACUCACAGCACAUCACUUUGGCUGUUUGUGUCUCGGUGUCUAGCUGUCUCGGUAAGUUAAUUAGCACGAGGCUUUCCUGCGAUCAAAGGAGUAAUCUACAUGGCAGCUCCUGAGUCUUGUCUGCCUUCCAGUGGUAAAGCUGCCUCGGCGGUAGUGAUUCGCUCUUGAUACUGAAUAGCUUUAUGUACUCUGUAAUGUAUGGAAUAGUGAAGCUCUUCACUAUUGUUUUAAACCUCUAGACUUUUUAAAUAACAUCACUGAGGAUAAAACCACUUUACUGAUCUUAAAUAGUAAGUUUUUAAAUGAGUGGGAUCUACAGAAGAUAAUAAUGAAAGUAUUUAUAACAGUGUCAUUGUUUUAUGAAAUGCUUGUUUCUGGCACUUGCCUCCCAUGAUUUUACAACAAUUAAAACAGCCCUGUUUUUAAAACAAUCAUCUAGCUUACUAGAAAGUCUGGCAGGGAGAUUCUGUGCUGGUCCAGACUAUUAGGGUAGAUGCUGGGUUGAUCUACAAAUGGGCCACAUUGGCAUAUCUUAGGCGAUACCUCAAACACAGGGCUCUCUGUGUGGUAACAGCAAAGUCCUCAUUACAACUGAUUUCUACUAUGUCCAGUGUAUGCAAUACUUGCAUAUAUGUGUAUUAUGGCAGUUUUUAAUGAAUGUUUGCAUAUAUAUUUAUUUUUUCUGAAAGGGUUUUAGAGUGAGUUUCACACUGAACUUCUGGCUUCGUGGAUAAUCAAUGUUGAUAUUUUCUCUUUCACUUCAGUCACAGAUCUUAGUAGCACUGUGAGAAUUUUUAAACUAAGAUUUUCAUCCCGUACUUUUUAAAAUUGAAGACUUGGAGGUAGCACCAUGAAAGCCUUUGUAUAGUAAUGAAGUUUGUAUAUAAAUAAGAAUGUUCAGUGACAUGUUAGCGGAUUUAAGUGUUUCUUACAUUUUUAACUUCAUGGUCAUCAGUGUAGUUUAACAUCUAGUAUUCCCUAAUGCCAGCAUGUUAACUUACUGUGCCAUAAAAGCAUUGAAAACCAACCUGUUAUCAUAGGACAGCUCCAGAGUUUCUGAGUGCCUUGUUAUGCUGCACUUAAUACAUCUUCCGAUUGGUAAGUACACUUGUGCUGGGCAAAUUUAUGGCCAUAAAAUCAGAUACAUACACGUGGCCUUGCAGGCCGAGAGCUUUACCAAUUUUCCCCUUACCCAGCACCCAAACUGACAUUUCCUGAUUGCCUCAGGGACGCCUGGGAAGUCCCCUAACACCCUCGUCUCUCUCUGCUCAGGUUGCAGAGAAGCUGCAGCACAGCCUUCCACACACCGCUCCCUCACACUGACGUACGUGCAGCUUCCGCUCUUCCACAAACUGGCUACUCUCCCAGCCCAUAGAAACGUAAUCUUGUUUAGAGUGUUAUCAGUUGUUUGAACUAAAGCACAGAACUUUGAGAUUUUUAAGGAAUUGUUUUGUCUAUGCUUACUUUGUGGAAGUUCAGUUAUCUGAAUUAAUAAAAUAUUAUUUGGAUUAAUAAAAA